GAAGGCAACAUCACCAUCGAUCGGGCUAUUUGGAUUCCCCGUGAGCAUCCUCACACACGACACCGGGCUCACAGGCGCCAGCAGCAAUAUAUGCGUGUGUGAACGAGUACAAAGCAUAAUCAAUAACAUGACCAUUAAAAAUCCUAUCCGGGAUUAUGGACAGAGGUAUCGACCACGGAUGGCUUGUCUCAAAAAGGCGGAGAAAGUGCUGCUGGAGAUGCAGGACCCCAGCACAGGAGUAAAGUCCCAGCCUCAGAGACUGGCUAUCACCACCAUCCCGCACCUUAUCACCGGUGAAGACAUAAUUGCGUGGCUAGCGGACAAAUUCCAAAUAGACACAGAAGAGGCCAUGAAUUUUGGUUCUGUGCUGGUGGCGUUGGGCUACAUCUAUCCUCUGCAAGACCACAAGCGUUUACUCAUCAAACCAGAUGCGUCCCUGUAUCGCUUCCAGACACCAUAUUUCUGGCCCACGCAGCAGUGGGCCGUCGAGGACACAGAUUAUGCAAUUUACCUCGCGAAGAGAAACAUUCGCAAGAAAGGAAUCCUGGAGCUGCACGAGCAGGAGCAGUACAACCGUCUUCACAAGUGGAUGAAUCAUAAAUGGGAUUUCAUUGUGAUGCAAGCUAAAGAGCAGUACAGAGCUGCAAAGGAGAGGAAGAAACCUGACCGUGCGGUUUUUGACUGUCAGGAGAGAGCCUACUGGGUGGUUCACAGACCUCCGCCAGGGACAGUGAGUGCCAUGGACUUUGGGCUGGAGCGACGAGCAGAUCCUAAUGGAAAUGAGACCAAAACACCUGAUGACUAUGAGAGAAUUAUGAUCUUCACCCAGCAGGCCAUCAUGAGACCCAGAGUGAAGUCAUCUGUGUCCAUUGGCGCACUGGUGAAGUACUGCACCACCUUUGGUAGUCACGACCCUUUUCUCGCCAAGUGUCUUCCCAGCAACCCCUGGCUCACUGAUGAAUCCACCUACUGGAGCCUGAACCUGUCUACGGUGGAGGUGCCCACAAAGAUGCGUGUCGAGAGGUGGACGUUGAGCUUCAGUGAGCUGCUCGCUGAUCCUCGAGGGAGAGAUGAUUUUAGAUACUUCCUGAAGAAGGAAUUCAGCGGUGAGAACUUGGCCUUCUGGGAAGGUUGUGAGGAUCUGAAGUGGGGUGCUGCUGGAGGAAUGAAGGAGAAAGCAGAGCAUAUCUACAAGACAUUCCUGACUCGUGGCGCACCACGAUGGAUCAACAUCGAUGGAAAGACGAUGGAAGUCACAGUGAAGGGGCUGAAACACCCACACAGAUACGUUCUGAGUCCGGCCCAAACUCACAUCUACAUGCUCAUGAAGAAGGACUCGUACGGCCGGUACCUUAAAUCUCAGGUGUUUAAGGACACGCAGAAGAAGGCCAUCUGUCCUGACCAGCACAGGUUCAAUGAUGCCCAGCUGAACCAGAAUGCCAGGAACCGGCGGCCCAGUCUCAGCCCCAUCAUCGUCCGCCAGCAGGAGCAGGAGCAAAAGGCCAAGAAUGCGGCCAACGUGGACAUCACACAGGUCAUGAGCAAACUCAGCAAGCAGGGCAAGGAGGUGCCCCCUCGUCCUCCCAAUAAAUGAAUCCAAACACCACAUGUUCAACAACAGACAGACUAGGACUAAGCUUCUGUCCUGUUUAAUCUCUGGUGUAUUUUAUCUCUUAAUGAUAAUGUGAGGAAUUAGCUUAAAGCUGCUAUAAUCAAAGAUUUUUACAACCACAAUCAUUUAGUAGUUUUUUUUCAGUAUCAGAAAGCUACAAAAAAAUAAAACAAAAUUACAGGAUGAGGGAAUGUGUAAUAGAAAAUGUAAAUGUGUAAUUUAGGGGCAUGGUUGUGAAGCCAGUGUUAAAGAAAGUAAAGGAAAAACUAACGUUAAAUGAAAACUCUUUAAAGGAAAGGUAAGUUUGACUUCUAACCCGUAAAACUCUUUACCACAUACGGUAAAUAUCUUUCCAUCCACUAGUGGCCCGUUUAGUGGUACACCUUUAAAGAAAACAGAGUGGCAGCAGCCUGCCUCUUGAAACCAUGACAACCAUCACUGCAGCCUAUAACUGACAGGGGGAGAAAUAUCUUUUUUCACACUUGGGUCAAUCAUUCCCUCCUAAAAGGCAAGAAUGAAGUGAUACUGACACUUGGGUCACUUUGAGUGGCGGUCAUGUUUGGACGUUCAGUUUGUCUGUUUCCAUCUGCUACGUUCAUGUUGUCCAUCGCUGGUUUCUCAUGAUACACGUGCGGUCCAUCCUGGCUGUUCUGUCUGGCUGUGCUCUGUUUUUCUUUGUCAUCAGUCGUUAAGUUAAUAAAACAUCCACAAAG